AUGGCUGAUAUGCACAAACCUCCACGAACAAGGAGUGUCUCUUCAAAAAAUCAGACAUCCGAAAAGGCGCUUGAUGCUAUGACCGACGACUCUGCGCACAGCUCUGAGGUACAAUCAGCUCACGAUUCGGAAAAAGUCGAGGCUAUCCGGAGGGCAUGCGAUCUCCGCGACAUAGAUGCCUUGAUCUCACACGCUACAUCUGAAGGUGGCUUGCUUAAGGAUGAGCUCAGACGAUUAGCCUGGCCCAUCCUGCUCCAGUACGACGAGAGCGCGCAGAGCACGCUUUCGCCUGAGUCUGACUUAUCGCCCCAUCGCGAUGAAGAACAAGUUCGACUGGAUGUGAACCGCUCCUUUGUAUACUAUCCCGAAUGCUCUGAUGAUGUAUUAUCCUCGAAAAAGAACGAGCUGUCACGAGUGAUCAAGCGAGUUCUGCGGAACUACCCUAUGCUGUGCUAUUUUCAAGGCUACCAUGAUAUUGUGCAAGUCUUGCUAUUAGUCCUUGGUGAAGAUGAAUCCGCUCCAGCUGUUGCUCGACUGUCCAUGCUCCGGAUUAGGGACUACAUGUUGCCGUCGCUUUCGCCGGCAGUCAAGCACUUGCAGCUCAUCCCAGCCAUAAUCCAAAAGGCCGACGAGGCCCUCCACAAGCGCCUCUUAGGUAUUCGACCUUUCUUUGCACUCUCCGCAACCCUCACAUUGUAUGCACACGAUAUCCAGGAGUAUAGUGAUAUUGCGCGACUCUUUGACUUCUUCCUAGCCUGGGAGCCGGUUGUCUCAAUAUAUCUCUUUGUUGCUAUCGUACUCUCACGCAGGAAGGAGUUACUCGAAAUUCCAGAGGACGAACCGGAAAUGUUACACUAUACUCUUUCAAAACUGCCACAACCCCUUGACCUGGAAGGCCUCAUAUCUCGAGCGGUGCAGCUUUUCCAUGACUACCCACCCGAAUCCUUACCAUCUGGAGCCUGGAGAAGGAUUCCUUGGUGCAGUGUCCUGAAAACGACCCGAGAUGGCUCCAGGACACAGUCUACGGGCGCAGCCGUCGAACUAUUUCAUAAACAGACAGAACACCUUCGCGGCGAAGAGAGAAGGGAGAAAUUCAUCGGAUUUUUGUGGAGCCACAGACGCACCAUCGGCUCCGUGGCUGUCGCUGUCUUCGUCGGCGCCAUGUCUGUCUGGUUAAGGAAAAGGGGACUCGACAACAGUAUCCUGUCAUACCUCGAUCGGUUUAGGAUGGAUUUCCAGGGACGGCUCCAAUCCGUGUUUGAUUAA